UUUAUAUCGAUGGACUGAUACAUGUGUUAUCUCUUUAUUACGAACGUAUCAAGAAAUGGAAAAAAAAUUUACUGGGGAAAGAUUUCACACAAGAAGUGUUGGGAACAGAUUGUGAAAAUUAUGAAAGAUAAGGGAUAUAAUAUAACAGGCCCUCAAUGUUCCUCAAAAUUAAGAAGUUUAAAGAAGACAUACAAAUCAAUAAAAGAUCACAACGCCAAAUCUGGCAACGAACGACGAAUUUGGCAGCAUUAUGAGAUUAUGGAAGAAAUAUUUUCCAAGAAAGCUUGGUGUAAUCCAGUAACGCUUGCUUCGUCUACGGGAUUAUCUGUAAAGAAUACAGACAAUGAAAAUUCUACAGCUUCGUCAUCGGAAAUGUCAUAUACUAGUGAUCUUAGUCUGCUUAAUGAUGAUUUAGUAAAUAAAGAAAACAUUUCAAGUAAUACAAAAACUUCGCGACAGUCCACGACUGGUCUUCUUCAAAAAAGACUGGCUCAAAAAGAAACGCAUGAACAAAAGCGACAAAAACGCCAUGAACAAAGAAUGGAGAUGGAACAAAAAUUAAUUGAUACUCUUGCUCAAUAUUUGAAUAAGUGA